CAGCUGGACCCCGCCAUCCGUCUGGCUCCGGCAGCUGGGAAGGGAUGGGUGAACCUCCCGCGCCCGUGGGCUGCGAGCCCCGAGCAGGAGCUGGAAGCACCCUGGGAUCCUUUUGCUGCUGCCCACAGUCAACUCUGCCUCUCAAGUGAGGAGAAGCAUGACUGCAGGCUCUUCCUAAUUCUUCUGCUGGCCAUCCCCACCUUGUUCCUCUUACCUGCUCCUGACACUCACCUAUCAUGGCUAUGCUCUACCCUUUCACCAGCCUCCUCCUCCUCCUCUAUGUUGAGCCCCUUUCCCAGGCUGCAAACCAGUCCCUAGUGCCCCUUGGCUCCCUGCCUGCUGUCCCCACCCUGCCCCUCCUGCAGGCCCUGCAAACACGGGCUCCAGGUGGCCCAGGCUGGCAAGUGAGGCCAGCCAGUGGGCAGCCCCUGCGCUACAUGCUGAGUCUGUACCGGCGUGCUGCUGACCCCGAAGGCCGACCCCGCCGCAGCCGCAGCCUCGGCACCAACACCAUCCGCCUGGUCCAGGCCACUUCCCAUGGGGGUCAGCCCUGGGCAGGUCAGCGGUAUUUGCAGGCCCUCACCUACCACGUGGAGAGCCAGCCGGAGGCUGAGCACCUCCUCAGGGCUACUGUGGUUUACCUGCCCAGUCUGUCACUGGCCCAUGGUCACCUCCUCUGCACUCUGGAGCUGGUAACAGCUGACGAGGCACCCAGGGUGCUCAGCCCUACUGCCCGUCCCCGCCGUGGCUGGGCUGAAGUUGAUGUCACCCCUUAUCUGGUGCUGGGGAACAGCAGCGUGGGGAGCCUGGCACUGCAGCAUGUCUGUGUGCGUGCUGGCCGAGCAGGAGGCCACAAUGCCUCAGUGGCCCCUGGCCACCCUUUCCUCCUUCUCUACCUUAACGAUACCCAGGCAGGGUUGGCACCUCCGUCAGCAGAGCCCCACCGGCACCGACGUGAUACAGGGACACUGGCUCAUGACCUGCCCAGCUACCUGCGGGAGCAGGGAGGGGAGAAGAGUGACUGUUCCCUCCACUCCUUCCCUGUCAGUUUUGCUCAGCUGGGCUGGGACCACUGGAUCAUCGCUCCUCACCGCUACAACCCACGCUACUGCAAGGGCACCUGUCCCCACCUGCUCCGCUAUGACUACCACGCACCCAACCAUGCUGUGGUGCAGAGUUUUGUGCAUCAGCUUGUGGAUGCCAACGUGCCCCGGCCCUCCUGUGUGCCCUAUCGCUACAGCCCCAUCAGUGUCCUCAUGAUUGAGCGCAAUGGAGGCAUACUGUACAAGGAGUUUGAGAACAUGAUUGCAGAGUCCUGCACUUGCCGGUAAUUUCCACUGCCCCAGCACAUCACCCCUGGGCUCUGCCUCUUCCUGCAGAUCUGGACUUUAGCAUUUAUCUUGCUCUACCUGGGACUCACUUGGCUCAUCUCCACUCCCCGUGCUGCUCCGUGGGGAGGUUUUACAAUGACAGUUUUAUGUAAAUUGUGGGUUUUUAAAGGCAGGAACCUGUGCUGGGGUUGUUGCCCCAUUGCAUCUGUCCUUCCUGCAGCCCCCAUGGCUGCUGCCUGGUUUGGUGGGCAGGGGGGCUUGGCCUGAUGUUCUCAGAUAUGAGCUGUGUCCUAAACUGGAGUAUGAAGCUCUUAGGAGGUGGCUGGGCGUCUCCUGGUGGAGCGAGGGCAGGGAGGGUAACAAGUCCAGGUGUCUCUGUGCUUUGUAUCUGACACAUUGGUGGUGUCAGGAUCUGAUGUGACUCUGCUUGUGGCAUUCCUUCCCAACUCACAUGCACCCCAUCCCUAUCUAGUCUCAGCUGCAGAGGCAUCUCACCAAGCUGAGAAUUUGGGCUGGAGGGAGGAAGCCUCUCUCCUCCCCUGAAGUUCUGCUUUGGAAGGGCUAUGAAAAGCUGGAGGGACCUGAGCUGCCAUCUCUGCUUCCAGUGCUAGAGGCCAAGGCAGCUGCCUGUGCUGGGCUCUGCCUGCUGUUUCCUCUGACACACUUGUUCAGCUCCUUGGAUUGCCCUCUAGCAGGGCUCAGGUCUCCUUCCCAGAGUUCAGAUUCCUAUUGCAGAUGUUUCUCUACCUUCUUGCACUCUUGUUGUCACACAGGCCUUGGGUUCUGCUGGGCUCCUGGAAUGUCCCUGUUCCCAGAAGGGUCAGUCCUGCUCUCAGCACCCCUGCUGCCUGAUUUUUCUCUAUUUAUUUCUUGACUGUGAAUAAAUAAAUUGAUUGAUUUUGCUAAA